AUGCCAAACGGGAAGAAAGGGUCGGUGCCGGCGCAGAGGCCACGCAGAGAUGUGCUGGCCUCGCUUCGCAUGGCAUCAAUGGAGGAGAUUGCUCGUGGUUCACUCCCAGCGGAGAUCAUGUCCUCAAUUGUCGACUACCUCGACCCCGUCGAACUCAUCCAGGCAGCCCGAUCCUGCAGACUUCUACACGAGAUGGCGUAUGACGACACACGAUGGGUACAGAAGCUUAAACGAAUUGGAUGUUGGGACGAGACCGACGCCCGCAAACACGUCGAGAAAGUGUACGGCACUGUCGCAGAUCUUGAUGCUAUCAAACAAAAGGAGGCGACCGAGGAGCACAAAGGGUCUGUCCCGACAAUUGCGAUCGAAAAAGCUCCGGCUACCAAUGUCAGUGAGUUGUCCGAUGGAUUCGACAAGAUCGAAAUCGGCAAGCCCGCCUCGCAAGUCGCCAUGCUUGGAAUGGACGACGAAGAUCCCGUUUUGAACGUCUUGAAAAAUGCCAAGUCGAUCCGAGGCGAAGCACGCCAGGAAUAUGGCAAAAUCCACGCCGCACUGGCACCUUUUUACCACGACAUUGCCAAAUCCGGGCCCUCGACGGAGAAUCUAGUAUUCACAACAUAUAAGAGCCCACAAGCACAAGCCCAAAUACUAUCGCAGCUGCUAGCAUUUGCAAAAUCCGACUUGACCAAUGGGUGGGAGCAGCGGGUGGAGCGCCUGGAGGGUACCGUGUCCAUGUUCGAGACUGCAGCGUUAAAUGAAUUUCGAAAUGGGUAUGAAACGGGCGACAUUGAAGGUGGAAUGCGCAAGUAUGCCCAUGUUUUAUGGACUCUCAAUGGCGGCAAGUCUGCCGUAGAGCUGUUCAUUCAUCACAACCACUUGGUGACACACAAAUCCGAGCUGGGCACGGUGGCCGAUUGCAUUGAUGGAUUAACCGGAAAAGUGAAACUGCAACACACACAAGCAUUCUUCACACGUUUAAGCGUUGGGUAUAACGAAGAAGUCUCUAUUAUGAACCGCGUCUUCCCUUCUGACCUAGAAGUGGCCCUGCCGUUCAUGGAGAAAGUUGGACAGGACGUUCUGUACCCGUUUUUGACUGCCAUAUUUGACGAGCUGCAUCGUACGAAUAUGGAGUCCUAUCUCACUGCGAUAUCGAUCACAUUUAUACAGUGCAUGAACCUGUCCGAGUCUCUGCUGCCAAUUCGCAAUUCCGGCGAGAACUUCGACCACUACCUGGACACGGUUGUUGCCAAAAUCUACGAGCCACAUAUCGAUCUAUAUCUGGCAGAGGAGCUUGACUUUUUCCGGAAGGGUUCAGAAGCUACGGUGGCUGAUUGGGAUCGUCAGUUGUCCGAGCAAGCGGCUUCUACUGAGUCGUUCUUGAUGUCAAACAUCAACCGACAAGCCGACAAGCGGGAUUUCCUCACUUCUUUUAAAAAAGUGAUCAUGAUGCCCGUCAACAUCCUCCCCAGUUUUUCAAAGACUGCUGAUGAAACGAAGUCGGAUUCGGAGACGAAUGGCAGCAAUCCUGCUCCCAAAAGUCCCAACCGGUUUUCUACCUUUUCAUCCCCAGCACCGCUGCCAGUAGAAGAAGUCCCAACCACCGAGUUGGCAGCCAAAGCAGCAAUCAUGAAAUCAAAAAUGGAAGGCAUCCGGUCUCUAUUCAGCAUUGAAAUAGCACUGGGCCUGGUGCAUUCGGCCAAAUCAAGCUUAGAAAGAGCUGCCCAGUUUGUGCGACUAGGUGGAGAAUUUGGCGCAGCCGCCAAGCGGCAGUGUCAAGCGAUAUUUGUGGCUUUGCUACGCAUCCUGGGAUACGGCCAUGUGAUAAUUGGAUUCGACAAGGCUGUUGAUCAUUUGUCUAAUUACCGACCGCGUGAGCAUGAAGAGCGCGAUCAAUCUGGAGUUGAGCCUCUAGUAACAUUCCUGGAGCUGGUCAAUGUGGGCGACCUCAUUCUGCAAAUGGUCGAUGUCUUCUACGAGCAAGAGUUGAUCGGAACAAGGUUGACGGACCGCAACGAUUUUCUAGACCCGGCUGUCAAGGAGAAGAAGAAAUUCGAACAGAUGCUGGACGAACGAGUAGCCGCUGGAUUGAACAAAGGAAUCGACGUGCUGAUGGAAGAGGUGGACUACAUCUUGGCCACGCGACAAAUGGCCACGGACUUCAACCCAGGUGUUUCGUCAGACCCUCAUCGAGAGACUAUGGACGUAGGUGUUAGUCCUGCCGCAUUGUCCAUUGUGGAUGUGGUAUCUUCACAUACGCAAAUGCUUGUGGGAAGUACUGAUAAGAGCACGCUGGAUGUGUUCAACCAAGAAGUCGGGCUUCGCUUGUUCACGGCUUUGUGCAAGCACCUUAAGCGGCAGCGGAUCAGUGUGGAAGGAUCCCUGAAGUUAAUCAGUGACAUGAACCACUACUUCAAAUUCAUCCAAACCCUCCGGAACAGCGAGCUUCUUCUCUACUUCAAAGCGUUCCGUGAGCUCGCGCAGAUCUACCUGAUCGACCCAUCUGAUGCCAAGGAACUAGCAACAAUCAUCGCAGAUGCCGAUCGGUUCCAUGGUAUCUGGCGGGUGGAGGAAGUGUACGAAUUCGCAGAGCGCCGGGCCGACUGGUACCAGGUGAAACGCGAUGUGGAACGAGCCAUGUAUGGCAUUGGGUGUAGUGUGAUGUAG